AAUGCUACGUUGCUCUGCCAUCAAAUCUAAAAAUUAAGCUCCUCCAUCUCCCCUCUCUCUCUUCUCACUCUUUGAAUCUUCAGACUCAAGACUUUCUUCUCUCCACCACCACAUCGCGGUGGACUUCACCGGUGACCACCCAUCUAUCCACCGCAAUCAAUAUCUCGAACCCCAUAUUUCUCGGAUCUCCCAUUUUCAACCCUUUGACCGCUUGAUCUCUAACUGGGGUUUUCCCCUAUCUCAUUUUUUGGCACAUUUGGAAGCAAAAUAAGAAGAAGAUCAAUCAACCAAUCUUUGAAUUGCGCAGCAGCCGUUAAUGGCGGGAGCUGCGGGUGGGUUUGUCACUCGGGCAUUCGAGUCUAUGCUCAAGGAAUGUUCCGCAAAGAAGCUUACUUCACUUCAAUCCGCAAUUCAAUCUUCUCUGGAUGGUAUUAAAGAGGGGAAUCAACAAACUCAUGUGGAGGAGAAGCCUCAAGCAGCACCAGCGACCGCGGAAGCUCCGAAGAGUGAGCACAAUUCUGACGAAGGUGUUGACAACGAAAAGGUGAAGCAUGAUGAAUCUGAUGGACAUACAUCUGAGGGGGAACAACAAGCUGGGACAUCAGCAAGGAUGAACCGCUCAAUUGCAAUAGCCUUGUCCAAUGCAGGACAGACUUUAGAAGAAGCUGAAGCAGAGCUUGUUCUAAACCCUCUUCGACUUGCGUUUGAGACAAAAAAUAUAAAAAUUGUAGAACUGGCAUUGGAUUGUCUUCAUAAACUUAUUGCUUAUGACCAUUUGGAGGGUGAUCCUGGGAUAGCUGGCGGAAAAAACGCGCCUCUGUUUGCCGACAUUCUUAACAUUGUCUGUAGUUGUGUUGAUAAUUCAUCCUUGGACAGUACUGUUUUGCAAGUAUUGAAAGUGCUCUUGACAGCAGUAGCAUCUGCAAAAUUCAGAGUGCACGGGGAACCUUUGUUGGGAGUUAUAAGAGUAUGUUACAAUAUAGCUUUGAACAGCAAAAGCCCCGUAAAUCAAGCAACAUCAAAGGCAAUGUUGACCCAAAUGAUCAGUAUCAUAUUCCGCAGAAUGGAGUCUGAUCCGAGUAUCGAUAAUGUCUCAAAGGAGGUUCAGGAUCAUAGUUCAAGGUGUUCUGAUGCACACACAGAAGUUAAACCUAUAAACAGUUCAAAUGCAAGUGGAGAAGCGUGCUCCGCGGAUGGCCAAACUGAGAAAGAGAUGACACUAGGUGAUGCACUUUCUCAAAACCCGGUGAAAGAUGCAUCUAUUGCAUCUUUAGAGGAACUCCAAAAUCUUGCUGGUGGUUCUGACAUAAAGGGUUUGGAGGCCAUGCUUGACAAGGCUGUGCAUCUUGAAGACGGAAAUAAGACAAAACAUGGUAUGGAUCUUGAGAGCAUGAGUAUAGGGCAUCGUGAUGCCCUCCUCCUAUUCCGCACUCUUUGCAAGAUGGGUAUGAAGGAAGACAAUGAUGAAAUUGCAACAAAGACACGCAUUUUAUCCCUAGAGCUUCUGCAGGGCUUACUGGAAGGUGUCAGUCAUGCAUUUACCAAAAACUUCCAUUUCAUUGACUCAGUGAAAGCAUAUCUUUCCUACACUUUGCUGAGGGCAUGUGUCUCAUCAUCCCCUGUAAUCUUCCAGCACGCAGCCGGAAUAUUUGCGGUAUUGUUGUUACGAUUUAGAGAGAGUCUUAAGGGUGAAAUUGGGAUCUUCUUUCCCUUAAUAGUGUUAAGGUACUUGGAUAACGCAGAAUGUCCAUCUAAUCAGAGGUUAAGUGUACUUAGGAUGCUUGAGAAGGUAUGCAAGGAUCCACAGAUGCUUGUGGACAUAUACGUUAAUUAUGACUGUGACCUUGGUGCACCGAACCUUUUUGAACGCAUGGUUACAACUCUCUCAAAAAUAUCUCAAGGGACUCAAGCAUCAGAUCCAAAUUCUGUUGGUGCUGCUCAAAAUGCAUCAGCCAAGGGUUCAUCACUGCAGUGUCUUGUUAAUGUGGUUAAAUCGUUGGUUGACUGGGAGAAGUCACUUAAAGAAUCAGAAAAGCGGAAUUCCCUUGAUGAUGAGCUUUCUGGAAAAGGUACGGUCAACUUGGAACAUAAAGAGGAUGUUUCUAGUGAUUUUGAGAAGGCAAAGGCUCAUAAGUCCACAAUGGAAGCAGCAAUAGCUAUGUUCAAUAGGCAGUCCAGCAAGGGUGUUGAUUAUCUAAUAUCGAAUAAGCUGGUUGAAAAUACUCCUGCCUCUGUUGCAGAGUUUUUAAAGAAUACUUCCAAUUUAAGCAAGGCUAUGAUUGGUGAUUACUUAGGACAACAUGAGGAGUUCCCCUUGUCUGUUAUGCAUGCUUACGUUGAUUCCAUGAAUUUUUCGGGAAUGACAUUUGCUACAGCAAUAAGAGAGUUUCUUAAUGGUUUUAGACUUCCUGGAGAAGCUCAAAAGAUUGACCGUAUUAUGGAAAAAUUUGCUGAACGCUAUUGUGCAGACAAUCCAGCUUUAUUUAAGAAUGCAGAUACAGCAUAUAUUCUUGCCUAUGCGGUCAUUAUGCUGAACACAGAUGCUCAUAAUCCUGUGGUGCCAACAAGAAUGUCGAAGGCUGAUUUUGUUCGUAUGAAUACCAUGACUGAUGCUGAAGAGACCGCACCUCAGGAACUCUUAGAAGAGAUUUAUGAUUCUAUUGUAAAAGAAGAAAUAAAAAUGAAAGAUGAUCUGCCAAGCAUUGGGAAGAGUAGCAGACUGAAACCAGAAGCUGAAGAUAGAGGGCGCCUGGUCAGCAUCCUUAAUUUGGCUCUUCCUAGAAGUAGAUCUUCAACAGAAUCAAAAUCUGAGACUGAUGCUAUAGUUAAGCAAACACAAGCCAUAUUCAGAAAUAAGGGUACAGAAAGGGGGGUUUUUUAUACCUCACAGAAAGUCGAACACAUAAGGCCCAUGGUAGAAGCAGUAGGGUGGCCUUUACUUGCCGCAUUUUCGGUUAUCAUGGAGGAAGGAGACAAUAAGUCAAGGGUUGUGGCAUGCAUGGAGGGAUUUAAGUCCGGAAUUCACAUUACACAUGUCCUAGGAAUGGAUACGAUGCGUUAUGCCUUCUUAACGUCAUUAGUCAGGUUCACAUUCUUGCAUGCACCCAAGGAAAUGCGAAGCAAAAAUGUUGAAGCUUUGCGAACAUUGCUAGCUUUAUGCGAGUCUGAUACAGAUUCUCUUGAGGACACUUGGAAUGCCGUUUUGGAAUGCAUUUCUAGACUAGAGUAUAUCACCUCAACUCCUGCUAUUGCUGCAACUGUAAUGCAUGGAUCAAAUCAAAUUUCUAGGGAUGGACUUCUUCAAUCUCUAAGAGAGUUAGCAGGAAAACCUACGGAACAAGUAUUUUUGAACAGCGUUAGGUUGCCCAGCAGUGCAAUAGUUGAGUUUUUCACAGCUCUUUGUGGUGUUUCUGCGGAAGAACUAAAACAAACACCAGCUCGUGUUUUUAGUCUACAGAAACUCGUUGAAAUAAGCUAUUACAACAUGGCCCGUAUACGUAUGGUGUGGGCUAGAAUAUGGUCUGUCCUUGCCAACCACUUUAUUUCUGCUGGAAGUCAUCAUGAUGAGAAGGUGGCUAUGUAUGCUAUUGAUUCCCUGCGACAACUUGGCAUGAAAUAUUUAGAACGCGAGGAGCUCACCAAUUUUACGUUCCAAAAUGACAUUUUGAAGCCAUUUGUCGUCCUUAUGCGGAAUAGUAGAAGUGAAUCCACGAGAAGGCUCAUUGUUGAUUGCAUUGUUCAGAUGAUAAAAUCAAAGGUGGGAAGCAUAAAGUCAGGUUGGCGAAGUGUAUUUAUGAUUUUUACCGCUGCUGCAGAUGAUGAAUCAGAACCCAUAGUUGAAAGUGCAUUUGAAAACGUGGAGCAGGUGAUCUUGGAACAUUUUGAUCAAGUUGUUGGAGACUGCUUUAUGGACUGUGUCAACUGUCUUAUUGGGUUUGCCAACAAUAAAAGUUCCCAUCGCAUAAGUCUGAAGGCUAUUGCACUAUUGCGUAUUUGUGAAGACCGACUUGCAGAGGGUCUUGUGCCUGGUGGUGCUUUAAAGCCUAUUGAUGUGAACCCAGAUGAAAGUUUUGAUGUGACUGAGCAUUAUUGGUUUCCAAUGCUGGCUGGUUUAUCAGAUCUUACUUCAGACCCAAGAGCCGAGGUCAGAAAUUGUGCGCUAGAAGUUCUGUUUGAUUUGUUGAAUGAGAGGGGUAGCAAGUUCUCUCCGUCCUUCUGGGAGAGUAUUUUCCGCCGAGUCCUUUUUCCUAUCUUUGACCAUGUAAGACAGGCUGGAAAGGAGACCGCUUCUGAUGAUGAGUGGCUCCAUGAAACCUGCAUUCACUCGCUUCAGUUGCUGUGUAACCUUUUCAACACUUUUUACAAGGAGGUAUGUUUUAUGCUGCCACCAUUGCUUAGUUUACUCUUGGAUUGCGCCAAGAAGACCGACCAAUCAGUGGUGUCUAUAGCACUUGGUGCACUUGUACAUCUUAUUGAAGUUGGAGGACAUCAGUUCAGUGAUAAUGACUGGGAUACCUUAUUAAAAAGCAUAAGAGAUGCUUCUUACGCUACACAACCACUUGAACUGCUGAAUGAUUUCGGUUUCAAACAAUCAAGUACACCCAAACAACCAGGGGAUUCGAAAACUGAUGUAGGUGAUGGUGUGUCUGCUAAUUCCAUUGACCUCGAGUCUGUGAAUAACAGACAAUUUGAUGGGAAUGAAGGUGACACUAAUGGCCCUCGCUUGCAUUCCGAAGUGUCUGAAGGAUUACCAUCUCCAUCUCAGAGCUUAGGUCAAAGAAUAAUGGGCAAUGUAAUGGAAAACCGUUUUCUCAGAAGCUUCACCUCCAAGGCAAAGUACGAUGAAGUAGAUGUAGCUGUGCAACCUCUAACAGAGCUCCCUGAAACUGUGGAGUUUGAUACAAAGGACGAAGUAGAAAGCCUGUUGUUAACAACCAUUAGGGGUAAAUGCAUCACUCAGUUGUUGCUUCUCGGUGCAAUAGAUAGUAUUCAGAAAAAGUUUUGGCCUAAGUUGAAAGCCCAGCAGAAGGUUACCAUCAUGGAAAUUUUGCUAUCCAUAUUGGACUUUUCUGCUUCAUAUAAUUCGUACCCUAACCUUCGAUUGCGCAUGCGCCACAUUUCUGUGGAAAGGCCUCCAUUAAAUCUUCUACGCCAAGAAUUGGCUAGUACCUGUAUAUACAUGGAUAUAUUACAAAAAAGCACCUCAGAACUUGAUACUAGCAGAGAGAACAAUCUUGAAACGAGUGACAUUCAGGAUUCAAAUGCCUCCCCGACCGCUAGCAACCUAAGCACAAAGGUCUAUUCUGCUGCUGAAGAGAAUCUUGGUCAGGUGGCAGAAGAGAAACUGGUAUCAUUUUGUGGACAUAUAUUGAAAGAGGCAUCUGAUUUUCAAUCUGCUGCUGGAGAGACUUCCGAUAUGGAAAUUCAUCAGGUGCUGGAGUUGCGUUCUCCUGUAAUUGUGAGGGUCAUAAAAGGCAUGUCUUCUAUGAAUAGUCAUGUAUUCAGAAAACAUCUAAGAGAGUUCUACCCAUUGCUUACCAAGCUUGUGUGCUGUGAUCAGAUGGAUGUUCGUGGGGCACUUGGUGAACUUUUCAAGAGGCAACUUAGUUCUUUAUUACCACAGUGAUUUAUUUAAGCUUGUCGGUCCAUCAAGUUGCUCAGAUUGGGUGCAAAGCUCUGUCACCUCACCAGUACAGCACUCGUGUAUCGAAUCUUCUUAUUUUCUCCAUACACAACCAUCCAUACAGACAGGAAUAUAUUUUGGAUGAUGACAUUUUUGCCUGAUGUUGUUUGUGCAUUCCCUCGGCCUUUGAUAAAUUUUAACACAACUCUCUGAGUUAUUCUGUCCGCGAAGGGGCGUUUUACCUUUUUAUUCACCAUAGAUUAGGAAGAGUUAAUGGUAGUCUGUUAUGUAUAGUUGUAAUUGUGAAACGCAAGAGUAGUAAUUGUAGAAAGUAGUUUGUUGUUGAAGAACUAAAUUACAGAGUAAUGUAUGCUUUAUUAACAGGGUUCAUAUAUAUUUAAUUUUGAGCCAUCCAAUAUUUUUA